GAACUUGCACCGGGUGCCGGCGGUCGCCGCGGGAGCGUGAGUGCUGGGCGCAGGGCUCUAGGACGCAUUGUCGCCGCACAGACAGCCCCCCUUGUGAGUCGCAGACCGGCCUGGAGGCUGGGAGCCGAACACCCACGUCUGCAUGCUGAGGAAGAUGGGGGAGGCCGUGGCCAGAGUUGCGAGGAAGGUCAACGAGACUGUGGAAAGCGGCUCAGAUACUCUGGACCUGGCCGACUGCAAGCUCGUUUCUUUCCCCAUCUGCAUCUACAAGGUUCUGAGGAACGUCUCUGACCAGAUCCAUCUCAUCACGCUGGCUAACAAUGAACUCAAGUCCCUCACCAGCAAGUUCAUGACCACCUUCAAUCAGCUUCGAGAGCUACGCCUGGAGGGCAACUACCUCUAUAGACUCCCCAACGAGGUCAGCAGCCUGCAGCACCUCAGGGCCAUCGACCUGUCCCGGAACCAGUUUCAAGACUUCCCAGAGCAGCUGACCACCUUGCCUGCACUGGAGAAUAUCAAUCUGGAGGAGAACGAGAUAGUGGAUGUUCCGGUGGAGAGGCUGGCCGCCAUGCCAGCUCUGCGAGUCAUCAACCUGCGCCUCAACCCCCUGAGCGCCGAGGUGCGUGUGAUUGCCCCGCCGCUCAUCAAGUUUGAGAUGCUCAUGUCUCCAGAGGAUACACAGGCCCCUCCGCCUUAGGACACACUCCUUGUGCUCACCCAGCAAGGGACAAAGAAUGCUGGCCUGCCAUCCUGAGAGGAGGAAGGCCCAUGGGAAGCCAAGCUUGGGGAGCGGGGUGGGUGGGCCAGGCAGCAUACAGAGGGAGGGGCACAGCUAAGCCAGGGUGGGUAGCUUAGCACAGUAGUGAGCCCUGGUGCUCCAGAGGGAGGAGGGAGGUGAGGCUAGAGCCAAGGCUCAGGGCCAUCACAGCUGCUGUGCUGACUUGGGUAGGUCUCUUGCUCUCUCUGAGCUUGGUUACUUAGAAGGAGGAAAACUUGGGGCAAGCCUUUCCUGCCUGGGACCCCUCAGAGGUUCUGUCUCCACAUCGUCGGUAGCCCUCUAAGCUCCUGGAUGAGCCUCGUUGGGCAUUUGAUGGACCUUACGAGGUGAAGCCUUGUAUCCAGUGUGAGAGCCAGUCACCAUUCUGAGAGGAGACCACCUCCGCCUAUUUAUCACCUUCUGAACACAGCGACGCCCUUCAUGGUGCCAUGUCCUGGCCAUCAGGGUCCCUGGACUGGUUGGAGCCUGAGCCCAGACAUUGAUUGGACCCUGUGGCAGGAGCGUUUUUUGAAGAACCCCUCAGACAUCUGGCCAGGGUACAGAGGGACAAUUCAUUCUUCCUUGUCCCAAGCCAUUGUGUGAAGGACUUUCUACACACUCCGUUCUAUCCCUCCCUGAGAGUGGCCUGGCCUGGUCAGACAUUACCCACAGGGCCAUAGGAGAGGUGGCCCAGAGAAGACAAAGCCAUCUGCGUGUGAUGCCUGGGACCCAAGGUCCUUAGGUGACCUCCUUCACCCUGACCUUCCUCUUGUGACCUCCCUCAGAUGACAACCUGGUUGCCUUGCCCUGGCUCAGUACCACCAACCUCAAGGCUGUCACCAUAAUGACCUGCCAUCUUGAUGACCUCUGCCUGUGGUCUAAGGGGCCACCAGCUGUCCCAGUGUGCCCAGAACUGUGGCAUUUCCCCCUGGCAGCUGGGCUCUUGCCCCCUGCUAAGGCCUGCGCUUGGGGCUAUCCCUGACCCCCUCAUCUCCAUGUGUCUACCUCCUCGCCCGAGCAGCAGGCCUAUCAGCCGCCCCCGGCUCUGGCUGGUCUACACCUUUGUGUAGGUCUGUGGAGGCCCCAGGACACAGGCCAGGCUAGGCCACUGUGUCUCCCAACAUUUUGCCUUUAGAACUCAAACUGUUGUUCAGAGCAGAAACCCACCACGGAGUUUGUCCAGGUCCCCUGUCUCUUCACAGUGUUCCUGGCUCUCGGUGGGGUUGCCAUGGGAGCAUGGCUGGUAUCAUGGCUGUGUAUCCUAAAAGAAACCUUGCCCAUUCCGCUCUCAUCCCUAGGCCAGCUGGCCAGAUGAGGAGGUAGACACAGGGCCCAAGCAAGGGCUGGGUGCAGCCCGGACUGGACUGGCUCCUCCCUCCUACUCUGUGUCCCUGAGUUGGGGGUUUCACCUUGUAGAGGAAGAGGGAUGCAAGGGUGUUGAUAGGCUCACACCAGCUUGCUAGAAAUGCUGCCUCCAGGGGUGUACACCUGAGAUCCGGCACACGGUGGGGCUGAGACAGUAGGAUUGUGGAGGUGAGGCCAGCCUGUGCUGUAUAAUGAGAGCCUAUCUCAGCGCAACAAAAGCAGGCAAAGUAAAAGAAGAAGAGUGUCAGACAUGGUGAUGCCCUCUUUUUUUUUUUUGGUUUUUUCGAGACAGGGUUUCUCUGUGUAGUCCUGGCUG